CUGUCCAUCUAGAUAAAACCUGCAUGGGAUAUUUAUUCAAACUCAUUCAUAAAAGUGAGUGUAUGCAACAGUAGUAACAAAAAUAUCUAUGCAGCAGUAGAGAAAGAUCAACACAUCAGGUUGCAUCUGUAUCACACACACAGGAAAUUUGAUGACAGUCAGUACUCUGCGUUGACCAAGCAGGCAAACUAACACUAACUGAAACUUCAUCCUGCCUUUUUAAUAUUUUACAAGUGAUGAGAAUUUAGCAUCUCGCUGAAACAAGCAGCUUUUCCACUUCUACUCUUUUCCUUUUUCCAACCAAGACCUAAGGACUGUCUCAUUCUUGCAAACAGACCAGUCACAUACAAAAGAAGUUAAACAUGCAUUUAAAUUCUAGAGCUGAGAACACCCCACUGUCUCUGAACUUCAUGGGGAGGAAGUUGCGAAAUCACACAGUGGCCCCAGCUACUAAGCAACGAGCAUGGGAGGGAACUGGUCCAUCCAGGUGUGCUGUUGAGAAUAGAGGUGGUCUGUCCAGAGUGGUGAGAAAACAGCCACUGGUGUGUGUGCAGAACGAGUUGCCAGGAAGCAUACAGGAGCUUAGGGAGGAAGUGAGGCAUCAGCCCUGUAAUGUUCAUAACACACACCUUGACCAGGAGAACAAUGCAGGUGUCUGGAAACGUGGUGGUGCUUCCUGGCUAAGGAAAAGCAGAAUCAAGUGGAAAAGCUUCAAGCGCUGGAUGGGUUUAGAGCACUGCACUGAACAGAGCAAAGCUCCAGCCAAAGAUCUUAAUGCAGAAUCACUUAACACAAGAGAGAGAGAACGAGAGGACUAUGUUCCAGCAGACAUGAAGAUUUUCAUCCCUUAUGAUUCUGCCAAACUGUGUAUCACUCAAAUAGCUGACGACAUGGUGGCUAUGAAGAGCAGGCAUCUCGAGAUGGUUCAGGAACUGGAGGAGAAUUUCCUUAUAGCAUCACGAGAGAACCAGGAAAGAACAGUGGACAAAAUCAGAACCUACUACCAGAACAAGCUGAAUGCUCUGAAGAUGGUCCUGGAUCUAUACCAGGAGAAGGUGGAGAGGAGAAGUGCAUUGUGGGAGGAGAAGAUCAAGAGUCUGCGGAGUAUAAACGAGAGGCUGCAGGCUGAGCAGAUAGCUUUACAUGAGCAAAACAGACAUGACUCUGCAACCUGGGAGAGAGAGAAGAGCAGGAUGAUGGAGCUCUUCUCUUCACGUUUAGAUCAGCUCCACCACCACCAGACAUCCACACUCCAGGAGCUGCAGAUGGCCAGGAUGGAGAUGGGACAUGUGCAGGAAAUGCUGCAGACCUCAAAGGAUGCCAAGGAGUCUGAAGCAAAGGAAACAGAGAGCAGUGACUCCGCUGCAGAUUUAGAUGGAGCCGAAGCUCGUCUGGAGGAGUUGAGGGAGAGUUUGGGUAAACGACAGCAUGAGAUCUCAAUGCUGAUUGAUGAAGGAGGAGGAGUGCAGGACAGUGUGGUGCCAUCAGCAUACACUCGUCUGCUUGGGGCUGUAGUACGUCAGGCUCAUCAAGUCUAUGCAGAGGUGAGGGAGGCGAAGCAGCAGUUUGACCAGAUGGCAGAGGAGAACCGCAAAGCUGUUGCUGAGGCUUCGGUGGGAGCAAAGUACUUCCAGGACAACCAAACAGUUGUGGAUAGCAUAGAACCGAGAUCUCUGGGGAUGAACCCAUCAGAAAUCUGUCCGGGUGAUCAGGUAACACAAGCUGAGGUUAACCGGCAGAAGCAUGAAGUCUUACUGGUAGCCGUGGAGUGUAUCAAAGCAGGGGUUACACCUACACUUACUGGCCCUGUCAGUCAGGAAGAUUUGGCAGAGUUGGAUGAGCGUGUUAAAAGCUUUGAGGAAAGGUUCAAAAACAGUGGUGACCUAAACUCAGAGGUUGGGAAGCGUGUAGGACAGCAGCUUCUACUCCUGCAAGCUGAGCUGAAACAGGUCAAAGAAGAGAACAAGAAAAUGACUGAGCACUAUGCAGCAGAGCGGACCCUAAGAAAGAAGUAUUACAAUAUGGUGGAGGACAUGAAAGGUAAGAUCCGUGUGUUUUGCCGUAUAAGGCCUCAGACACGGGCAGAGCUGUUGAGGGGCAGCACCAACAUCGUAUCUUGUUUAGAUGAUUACUCCGUGAUCCUAGAAUCUCCACGAGGCCCUCGAGAGUUUCAGUUUGACAGAAUCUUCACCACAGAACACACACAGGAUGAUGUGUUUCAGGAGUCCAGCAGGCUAAUUCAAUCAGCAAUUGAUGGCUUCAAUGUGUGCAUCUUUGCAUACGGACAAACUGGCUCAGGAAAAACUUUUACUAUGUUGGGGGAUAGAGAGCAGAAAUACCCUGGAAUCAUCCCCAGGACAUUUAAUAGGAUAUUUGAAAUCAUCCAAGAGAAUGAGACAAAAUUUGAGUUCAAGGUCUCGGCUUCUAUGUUGGAGUUGUAUAAUGAUCGGCUACAGGACCUCUUUGUGAGCCCAGCUGAGGCACUGUCAAAACGUAUUGAGAUUAAAAAGGACAAAAAGGGGCUUGUAUUUGCCCAAGGAGCAGAAGCAAAGGAAGCGACUAGUGCUGGAGAGCUCUUUGCUCUCUUUGAACUGGGUUCUGCCAACCGCCAUAUUGCAGCUACCAAGAUGAAUAUAGAAAGCUCUCGUUCUCAUCUGAUUAUCAGCAUCAUGUUGGAAAGUCGCAACCUGGCAAACGGCAGUAUGACGUAUGGUAAGCUGAACCUUGUUGACCUGGCAGGAAGCGAGAGAGCGGCAAAGACGGGAGCUAAAGAUGACCAGCUGAAGGAGGCUAAUUCUAUUAAUAAGUCUCUGAGUGCCCUGGGUGAUGUGAUCUCAGCUCUGGCUAUGGAGCAAGCUCACGUUCCCUACCGCAACAACAAAUUGACACAGCUCAUGCAGGACUCACUGGGAGGCAAUGCCAAAACUCUCAUGUUCCUCAACGUGUCUCCUUCCGACUGCAACCUGGAUGAGACCCUUACUUCACUUAUAUAUGCCUCACGAGUGAAGGCCAUCACCAACCACGCACAGAAGAAUAUGGAGAGCAAAGAGAUCACUCAACUCAAAGAGGUGAUUUUGAGACUAAAAUCAGGACAGACUGUAGAAGAGGAAGAUGUAUGAAAUUUUACUCAAAUCUGGCACUCUUUCUCUCACACUUUUGGAGACUUGUUUGUGCUUGAACUGAUGUAUUAAAAUAAAGAGACUAACAGGAAUGUGCAUUUCAUUAAUUAGACUGUUUAUUUAGUGUCAUGCAGGUGAUUUUUUUGAUGGUCCAGUGAUUGAGUUUUGAAUUAAUGAAUGAAUUAAAAAUUACUCUUUGCAUGUUUUCAGUCACCAUGGCAACUUCUGUUUUAAAAAAUCUGAAAAAAUAAACAAAUAAUGGGGUUGUUUUACCUUCAAAUGGUAGUAAUACCAUUUGAUACCAUAAUUUGAUUGUGUUAAUUUAUACAGCUAAUUGUAGUCAAUUUCAAGCUUAGUAUAUCAGACAGCUGGUGAUAAAUAAAUCUGCUUGCUAUUUAUUUUGAAUUUAUAGAAAUAGAAAAGCCUCAGUAUGAAUAUAUGUGAUGUUUUAGCCUAAUGGUUAAGGCGUUAAGGUGUUGGAUUACUGAUUGGAAGGUCAUGAGAUCGAAUCCCUGGUCCACCA